AAGCUGAAUGGUGAAAGGCUGAGGAGGGAUUCCAGAGGUAAAAAAAAUCUCUGAAGAACCGGCUCUUAUUUUAUGCCUUUUUUAAAAAGCCCUUUCCCUUCCAUCCUUCCUCCUUUCGGAAAGGAUCAUCUGCAUAAAGAGAUCAUUGCGGCUGCUGCCGGGUUUCGAUUAACCAGCAGCAGAGUGGUGCUGUGACAGAGACGAACUAAAGGGUUUCACAUUUGUAAUUUGGCAUGUAGUGUGUGAAGAGAGAGAUGUAAUGAUUGGAGGUCUGAUACAUUGUGGAUUUGAGAAGCCCCUGCCAUCAACAUUCAACAAGCAAUCAAGUGCUGAUUGAUACCCAAAAUAUCUAAAAUAAAGAUACAGGACGUACAAUUUGGGCUGCUUGUUUUUGGCAUUGAACCUGCAUUUUCAACUGCAAUUCAGCAUUCUCCAGUAAAAUAAAUUGAGAUUUUUGGAUGCUUUGCCUCUAGGAUCAGCCUCACUGGGGCAAGACAUAACUGCAGAUCAUUUUAUCUAAUUGAUCAGAGAAUAGGGUGAGCCCUUGUCUCCUGCCACCAGUGGCAAUGCAGUAACCGGCUCCGACAGGCAGCAGGUGUCGACUGACUGCACCUUCUUACGGCGAUUCCUGCGUCUGCUCUCUAUUUACAUUUGCUUUUUGAUACAGCCAAACUCGCCAUGUACGGAAGCUCCAGGGCAGUGGGCCAUGUGGAAGGCAGCCCUUCGAGGUCCCCCCGACUUCCGCGGUCUCCUCGGCUGGGCCACCGGCGAACAAACAGCAGUGGAACAGGAGGGGCAGGGAAAACGUUGUCAAUGGAAAACAUCCAGUCUCUUAACGCUGCCUACGCCACCUCUGGACCCAUGUACCUGAGUGAUCACGAGGGAGUCGCCUCCACCAGUUUUCCCAAGGGAACCAUGACUCUGGGCCGAGCGACUAACCGGGCAACCUACGGAGGCCGUGUCACGGCCAUGGGCAGCAGUCCAAACAUCGCCUCCGCAGGGCUUCCUCCCGGAGGAGAUGCCCUCUCGUUCAGCGAUCAUCACCAACAGCAGCACAGUGCCAUGAUCACUCCAUCCUCUCACCACCACCACCAUCACCACCAAGUGCCCUCCGCCUUGAGGCAGGUCCGUGAUAACACCAUGGUUGAUCUGCAGGCUCAGCUCAAAGAGCUGCAGAGGGAGAACGAGGCACUCCGGAAGGAACUGGAAAUCAAAGACACCAAGCUUGGAUCAUCAAUGAACAGCAUCAAAACCUUCUGGAGCCCUGAGCUGAAGAAAGAACGAGUGUUGAGGAAAGAAGAAGCCGCCAGAAUGUCAGUCUUGAAAGAACAGAUGAGAGUGUCUCACGAGGAAAGUCAGCCUUUGGAUGCAAGAAGAUCAAAGCAUCUACAAUUAACCAUUCAAGCAUUGCAAGAUGAACUUCGAACACAGAGAGAUCUUAAUCAUCUUCUUCAGCAGGAGAAUGUUAACAGAGGUGCCGAGCACUAUACCAUUGAGCUCACGGAGGAGAACUUCCGUAGGUUGCAGGCAGAGCAUGAACGUCAAGCCAAAGAGCUAUUUCUUUUGAGAAAGACUCUGGAAGAAAUGGAGCUGAGGAUUGAAACACAGAAGCAGACGUUGAAUGCAAGAGAUGAGUCAAUUAAGAAACUGCUAGAAAUGCUGCAGAACAAGGGAUUGCCCUCCAAAUCUAUGGAAGAGGAACAUGAGAAAAGUCGGAGAAUAUCUGAGGCAGAAUCUCAGGUUAAUCAUCUGGAGGUACUACUGGACCAAAAAGAGAAAGAAAAUAUUCAGCUUAGAGAGGAACUGCACAGGAGAACCCCACUUCAGCCAGAGUCCGCAAAGACAAAGGCUCUACAAACUGUAAUUGAAAUGAAGGAUACAAAGAUAGCUUCAUUGGAGAGAAAUAUCAGAGAUCUAGAAGAUGAAAUCCAAAUGUUGAAGACAAACGGAGCAUUAAGUACUGAAGACCGUGAAGAGGAGCUUAAGCAAAUGGAAGUUUACAAGAGUCAUUCAAAGUUCAUGAAAAAUAAGAUUGAUCAGUUAAAACAGGAUUUGUCUAAGAAGGAAUCUGAACUUCUAGCCUUACAAACCAAGCUGGAGACGCUGAAUAAUCAAAAUUCUGAUUGUAAGCAACAUAUUGAGGUUCUCAAAGAAUCACUUACUGCCAAAGAACAGAGGGCUGCCAUACUUCAAACGGAGGUGGAUGCAUUAAGGCUGCGACUUGAGGAAAAGGAAAGUUUCCUUAACAAAAAGACAAAACAGCUUCAAGAUCUUACAGAGGAAAAAGGAACGCUUGCGGGAGAAAUACGUGACAUGAAAGAUAUGCUAGAAGUGAAAGAGAGAAAGAUCAAUGUCCUCCAGAAAAAGAUUGAAAAUCUUCAGGAACAACUUAAAGACAAAGACAAGCAGCUCAAUAACUUGAAAGACCGAGUUAAGUCAUUGCAGACAGAUUCCAGUAAUACAGAUACAGCACUGGCAACUCUAGAAGAAGCUUUAUCAGAGAAGGAGAGAAUUAUAGAACGUCUAAAGGAACAACGUGAAAGAGACGACCGUGAGCGAUUGGAAGAGGUCGAAUCAUAUAAAAAAGAAAAUAAAGAUCUUAAAGAGAAGAUUAACAACUUGCAAGCUGAACUGGCAGAAAAAGAGUCUAGCUUGAUUGACUUGAAGGAACAUGCAUCUUCUUUGGCUUCAACAGGCUUAAAGAAAGAUUCUAAAUUAAAAACUCUAGAAAUUGCUAUUGAGCAAAAGAAAGAAGAAUGUAGUAAGUUGGAAGCACAGUUAAAGAAGCAAGCUGAGCAGUUGUUCAAUCAGAUGUACACACCAAUACCAAUUAGGAAUUAUGAGGAAAAUAGGGCUCAUGAUGCUGAAGAAGAUGCACGCUUGAACCCAGAAAUGUGUGAGAAACUGAGACAACUUGAGAAGGAUGUGGCUUACUACAAAGAGGAGUCUGAUAAAUCCCAGGCUGAAGUAGAUAGACUCUUAGAAAUCCUGAAAGAAGUGGAGACGGAGAAAAAUGACAGAGAUAAGAAAAUAGCGGAACUUGAAAGACAAUUAAAGGAUCAGAAUAAAAAAGUGGCCAAUCUGAAGCACAAGGAGCAAAUGGAGAAAAAGAAGAAUGCACAGUUGUUGGAGGAAGCACGAAAACGUGAAGACAACCUGACUGAUAACUCACAGCAGAUGGAGGAAUCAGUGCAAAAGAAAGACGAAAGAAUUGAGGAAUUGGAAGAAGCCCUGCGUGAGAGCGUACAGAUAAAUGCGGAAAGAGAGGUGGUUCUCGCCCGGGAAGAGGCUUCUAGAUCUUCUGCAGAGAAACAGUUAGAAGAGCUAAUGGCAACUUUGGAGAAGACCAAGCAGGAACUAGAUUCCACUAAGGUCAGGCUGACCUCAACUCAGCAGUCUCUGGCCGAGCGGGAGGCACACCUUGCCAAUCUGAGAAUAGAGCGGAGAAAGCAGCUGGAAGAAGUGCUAGAGAUGAAACAAGAAGCACUGCUGGCAGCGAUCAGUGAGAAGGAUGCAAACAUUGCCUUAUUAGAAUUGUCUGCCUCCAAAAAGAAAAAGACACAAGAUGAAGUGAUUGCUCUUAAACGUGAGAAGGACAGACUUGUGCAACAGCUGAAACAGCAGACACAAAAUCGGAUGAAACUCAUGGCGGAUAAUUAUGAUGACGAUCAUCACCACCAUCACCAUCACCACCACCACCAUCGUUCACCGGCAAGAUCACAGCACAGUAACCACAGGCCCUCUCCUGAUCAGAUGAUCCAGUCACUGUUGGAGGCAUUCAACCACCGCAUCAAAUUAAAACUGUACAUCGAUCACCUGACUACACUUUGUCUGGAGCGUAAUCCGCAAGUCUUGGCAGGAUUGCCAUCAUUAUCGGUCAUGGAGGAAGAGGAGGAUGAGGUUUCCCGGGAACGUCAGUUGCAGACUUUGACACCUGUACAGCUAGCAGAGGAGCUGGAGCGAGGUGAAAAGGAAAAUGUGGCACUGCAGGAGUACACAGACAAUUUGCUUCAACGAAUUUCAGAUCUAUGCCCGGAUGUCCUGGAGCAAGUCAUCAAAAUGCUGGAAGAAGCAGCUUGAUACAGUAAAAAGUGAGGUAAUGGUGACAUCAUGAAGUGAGUUAAAACGAGCCCCACCACCACCAAAUUCAGCAUUUAUGCAACUAAAGUCAAUCUUCAUCCAGCUGAAUUUAUAAACACCUUAAUAGUAUUGCGAGUAUCAUUCCAAAUAUAAUUGGCUUCUCAAUAAUGACUAAGAGAUAGUCGGUACUCUGAAAGCCCACGUCGCGAUUAGAUGCAUCCUCCCUGAGAUGCCUAUUGCUUGCAGCUCUUUCUUGUCAGCUUCAGCCUUCAACCCAAUAUUGUCAGCUUCUGCAGGUUCAGCUGUCAUAAUGGGUUUAGGGAACUCCUCGGGUCAUCUUAUUCUCUCACUCACACCCGAAUUUCCAGAUGGGUAGGAAAGAGGAGAACUUUUAUAAGCUCUUAACAUCUAUGCAUUAAAUAGUAAGCUUUUGUGUAGGAGUAAAAGGUGUUCAAUUGUUAAGGUGAAAGAAUUAUCAAACAGUUGACAAGGAUUAUCCUUCUGAACAAAAACAACCUGUGCCUCUCAAAAUGUACUGUACAUCUGAAUAUGUUGAUUCGAUGAUUGAUUUACAAUAGUGUUGAAAUGGAAGAGUACUCAAAGUUCUGAAACUGGCCUAUCAGAUUAGGAUUGUUUUAUGUGUAGAAUAUGUUCAGGAAGAAGGAAGUGCACUUCCUUCUUACUGAUGUAGUGAAGUACUCAGAUGGUAACUGUUGUACUUCAUUAUGAAAGAUUCUUGACAGUAUCUUACAUCUGAUUUAUAAGUAUCGAAACUUGUGCAUUUAUAUGAUUUGAAUUCUUAAUGCAUUAUCACACUUAGCAGCAGAGGUACUUCAUUGUUGUGAGUGGAAAUGCAAUAGAAAACUUUCUACUGCUUAAAUAAAACCAAACCACAGAUCUUUCUCUGGUAAAGGGGAAAAGUUCUUAGGAAAAUGUUUAGCACAUCUGGCAAAUUUUGCACUCCUAGAGAACACAGACAACAAGAAGCAGUAAGCAACACAGUUGUCACAUUGGGGUUGUGAUCCUUUGAGUGCCCUAACAAGCAGUUCUCUAUGUUCUAUAGUCCAACUGAAUACUUGAAGUAGGAAAUUCUUACCACAAGGACCUAAUCUUAAGUAAAUGUCAUAGUUAAAAGCAUAAAACAGUGAUGUUUAGCUGUUAGUUUAUUUAUAUGUAAUGUGCCAAUUUUGGAACAGUUGGGGAAAUUAAAUUGUCCCCAGAUUAUAGUGAUACUGAUGGAAAAGUGAACCUCAAAUCAGGGUAUCAAAACAAGACUUUUGGGGGAUAAGAAAACUGUUCUACCAAUGGAAAAGAACAAUUCUUGUUACAUGUUUUACAGAAUUUCAAGGAAAUUUCUUUUGAUACUUUGGCAUAGAACACUGGUUAAGAUAAACACUGUGACAAACUGACGGUAACGUUUUAGUUUUGUGUCAUUGGUAAACAUCUUGCUUUGAGUCCUAACAAAAAAAAAGAUUAUCAUUAAUGCAACUUCUCUUUUCCAUUCGCUUGUUUUCAGAUAAAUAACUUGACUGGUGUUCUGAUCGUUAUCACGCCUGUAUUAUAUACUGUGUCAAUUACUGUACAGUAAUUUUUGUAUUUGAGAUUUGUGUAUCAAAAUGCACGCAAUUUCUGUUUGACUUUUAUUUGAAAGUGGAUAAAAAUAUAAUUUCCUAAUAGUCUUUACAAGCAAAUCAUAAAAUAUUGACACAGUGCUUAUCUGCAAUGUAAUUGUGUAGAAUGGUGUUUGAAUGUGAUGUGCUGGAAUAUGUAUAUCAGCAAUUCUCCAGGUUGCCUCUUAUAUGUGUUCUGUCAGAUUUUAGUAUCCUUCUUGUCCUAUUCUUUUCAAGUUCGUGGCAUGUCAUGGGCUCUGCUGUUGAUAUAUAGUGAAGAUGUUGACAUGGUACCAAAAGGAAUCCUUGAGUAAGGUUAAUCACCAUGGGCAUGUUUUAAAACUGUUACUGUGCAUCAUUAUCUCGUGGACAUGUAGGGGUAUAUAAGGUUCAAAACAUUGUUAUUAAUGUGCAAGAAAUAUUUAGUGUUGCCCAGCUUGUUUAUAUAUUCAUUAAAUAAAACUUUCUUUCUGAUAUUACAGUUGUUGUUUAAUAAAGAAAAUUACUUUUU